AAGAGGAACUGUGCACAGACAAGGCGAACUGUUCACGGAUAAGGAUCCCCGCUGGUCACUGAUUGUGACCUAUGUAACUCAGGUUUUAAAGUUUAAAGAGGAAGAGACCACCUCAAUUCAAAGACCAGGGAACUGAGCCCAGGCCGUGUUCCUGAUCGGAGUGCUGGGGAAUCUCCUCCUCAUGAGUGUGUUGCAUUUCAGACAGGGCAGCCGAAGACUGAUUGACAUCUUUAUCAUGAACCUGGCUGCCUCUGACUUCAUUUUCCUCAUCACGUUGCCUCUCUGGGUGGAUAAAGAAGCAUCGUUAGGACUGUGGCGAACAGGCUCUUUCCUGUGCAAAGGCAGCUCCUACCUGAUCUCAGUCAACAUGCACUGCAGCGUCUUCCUGCUCACCUGCAUGAGUGUUGACCGCUACCUGGCAAUUGUGUGUCCAACCGUAGCCAGGAAAUUCAGAAGGAGAGACUAUGCGUAUGGGGUCUGUACCAGUGUCUGGUUUAUCUCCUGCCUCCUGGGGUUGCCUACUGUUCUGUCCAGGGAGGUCACCCUGAUUAAUGACAAGCCAUACUGUGCAGAGAAGAGGGCCACUUCAAUUAAACUGACUUGGGCCCUGGUGUCUUUAAUUUUUGCCUUUUUUGCUCCUUUGGUGAGCAUUGUGACCUGCUACUGUUGCAUCACAAGGAAGCUGUGCGCCCAUUACCAGCAGACGGGAAAGCACAGCAAGAAGCUGAGGAAAUCCAUCAAGAUCAUAUUUAUUGUCGUGGCAGCCUUUGUCUUCUCCUGGCUGCCCUUCAAUACUUUCAAGCUCCUGGCCGUUGUCUCCAGGUUGCAGCAGGAGCUCUACUUUUCCUCAUCUGUUCUCCAGCUGGGCAUGAAGGUGAGUGGGCCCUUAGCAUUUGCCAACAGCUGUGUCAACCCUUUUAUUUACUAUAUCUUUGACAGCUACAUCCGCCGGGCCACUGUGCACUGCUUGUGCCCUGGCCUGAAGAACUCUGACUUUGGGAGCAGCACUGAGACAUCAGAUAGUCACCUCACUAAGGCUUUCUCCAGCUUCAUUCAUGCAGGGGAUUUUGCCAGAAGGAGAAAGAGGUCUGUGUCACUCUAAAAGGGACUGCGACUUUUCAAGUUCUGUUGGUGACUUGGACAGUUAAUUUGGGCCAUUGACAGGGAAAGAAGAAAAGUAUUGCUGAAAGUGUCCAUAUUGCUUCAUAAAUGCAAGGAAGAGUUCAUUUUUACUAAAGAAACAACUGAAAAAUCCUUAUGUUUGUGGAUAUAAUACUGUUUUUUAGCUGAAUGGCCUUGCCAAUCCAGUUUGCCAGGCAAAAUACAACUUCUAUAUGUCCUUGAACUCUGAGAUAAAGGCUCCUGCUUGGACUAGUUCCUUUCUCCAUGAUUCUUAAUACACAUUUAGGCCUUUUCCUCUCUCAAACACCAUUCAAACACCAUGACACCGUGGUCCACACCCCCUUCACACUAGGGUCCAAAGUGGACUACAUUUAAAGGAUUCUGCCCACUUUCAUCUGGUGAGAAAUGUGGUGUCAAUGCAGGUAGCAAAAAUUAUAAUAUGCAUGUGCUCUGUAAUUAAUUGUUCAUGAGUAAUGAAGUGAGGUUCUGGUCUUGCUAUUUAAAACCUCGUAUGGUGAUUCUUUACCAUCUUCCAAUAUUGUCUUUCACCCUAUGCCAUUCAAAAUAACUUUAGGCUGGCAAAAAGCUCAUGGGGAUGAAUCACUUUGUUAUUGUGUUUAUCAUUUGAGACUUACAUUAUCAUCUGGUCUUCUGAAUAUUUUAAUAAGAAAGCAUAAGGCAAGGCUUGACCUUUAUUUUCUGUAUAAGAUAUCUUAGUAAAAAUGUAUCUCAUUAUAAUGGUGUAGUAACUGCUUUUCAAUGGGGUUUUGGUAUGCUCUUUUGUUUUUAUUGUCUUUAUAAUUAGGAUAUGACUUCACUUUAAUUAUAUGUUUUUAAAUUACCCAGUUAUCUGGUUAUCAAAUAAAAAUGUUACUACUAAUAUAAUUAGAGGUCAUCAAAUACUUAGCUUCAGCCUUGUGCAGGUUAUGAUUUUAUAUUUUAAUUAAAAUGUUAGUGCUAUACAUUCCUUAUAGCCUCAUUUGCUCUUAUGUAUAAUUUCAAGAUUUGGUCCAGUAAUAUAGGAAAGCAGGAUGCUCUGUAUUCAGCUGAAGUUAAAAAAAAUCGUAACAAAGAUGAUGUUGGUAUUAUAUAUACAUUUUUCCAAACCCAGAUACUAUCCUGAAUUAUUAGGUUUAACUUCAUCCUAAUGUUGGAACAUUGAGCAAAUCAUUUUAAUCUUCCAUACUUAAAUAUAGUUGGUACUAUCUAUGUCUAUAGAAUUCUCAAGAAUAUUAUAAAACUAAUAAGUAUAAUGGUUUAUAAAAAUAUUGAGUAACAAGUUAUUAUAUAAAGCUGUUGGGUUUCUAUUAUUAUUGAAUGUUGCUUAAAAAUUUCCAAGCUAAAAUAUCAAAUGACAGCCACUCUCAUUUAGCAAAUAUUAAGAAUCUAACUUCUGUUUCAUUUCUUUAGUUUUUGCAAGA